AUGGAGAAAUCCGCCCAGGCCUCGUCUGCGGGCAAGCGGCCGGUCAGACACCCUCUGGGCAUACGGCCGCUGCCGUCGCGGGGUCCGAAGGUCGUCGAGACGGGAUGUCUGGCGCAGGAACGGCGAGGCAGGGCGGCCAUGCGGCCCCCGUCUGCCUUGCGGGGGGGAGCAGGUGGCUCCGGAGGCGGCGACGCGCGGCCCCAGUACCUGUACGACCGCAAGACGGGCCUUCCAAUCGUGAGGGACAACCUGUCGUACGGCGACCUGCUGCGCGACAUCCGGACGGAGAAGGUCCAGGCGCUGCACUGGCUGUCGUCGCUCGAGGACGAGCCGCGCGUGCAGGGGCCGUGCCUGGUGGAGUACCGGGACGGGUCGAUCAAGCAGGCGCACGUGCCGUCGUAUGACACGCGCACGAUGUACGCGAUGGAGACGCACGGCGUCAGGGGCACGCGCUUCAAGGCGCGCCCGGCCAACAUCACGGCCACGUUCGAGCCGAGCCAGGCCAUGAUGACCUUCUUCAACAAGGGCAUCCCCGCGAUCGGUCUCCUGAUCAUCUGGGCGGCGGCGCAGUACGCGUCGCACCUCAAGGGCGAUAAGGGCGACCGCGCGGACGUCAGGGCGUAUGAGCGUGACGAGCGGAAACGCAGCCAGGCCAAACAGAAGGAGGACACGCGGAUGUACGAGGCGCAGUUCAUGGCGGAGCGCGGCGCGACGAAGGCGCAGAUCAUGGAGCGCCUCAAGCGCAACAACAUGCAGGACCUCUUCACGGAGGAGGACGUCGACGAGAUCAUCGCCGCGGCGCAGCGCAAGCGCAAGGCCGCGGGCGAGGACGUCGGGCUCUUCGGCGUCAAGACGGAGCUCCGCGUCAACACGCGCGAACAGUUCAAGAAGCAGCAGGAGGCCGCGCAGGCGGCGCGCGAGGCAGCCAGGGAGGAGGAGGGCCUCUCGGAGAUGGAGUCGGCGCAGCGGAUGCUGCAGAUGCGCACGGUGAAGCGGAAGAGCCCCGCGACGAAGAACUACCGCGCGCAGGAGCUCAAGCGGAAGCUGCGGCAGCGCGGGACCAAGGUGCAGGACGACGACAGCGAGGUGUUCUUCGACGACGUGGCGGGCAUCGGGGAGGCCAAGGCGGAGCUGCAGGAGGUGGUGGACUUCUUCGUCGAGGGCGACCGCUUCAAGGCGUCGGGCGCGAAGAUGCCCAAGGGGGUGUUGCUGUGCGGUCCCCCGGGGACGGGCAAGACGCUGCUGGCGCGGGCGGUGGCGGGCGAGGCCGGCGCGGAGUUCCUGUCCGUGAACGCGUCGGAGUUCGUGGAGAUGUUCGUCGGCGUCGGCGCGGCGCGCGUGCGCGACCUGUUUGCGUCGGCGCGCGCGCUGGCGCCGUGCAUCAUCUUCAUCGACGAGAUCGACGCGGUGGGGCGCGUCCGCGGCGGCGCGCAGGGCAACGACGAGCGCGACCAGACGCUCAACCAGAUGCUGUCGUGCAUGGACGGGUUCGACUCGGAGACGGACGUGGUGGUCAUCGCGGCGACGAACCGGAAGGACAUCCUGGACCCGGCGCUGAUCCGGCCGGGGCGGUUCGACCGCAUCGUGUACGUCGACGUGCCGGACUUCGACGGGCGCAUCGAGGUGAUGAAGGUGCACCUGCGGAACAAGGUGUGCGACAUUGACGCGCUGGACCUGCGGAGCAUCGCGUUCGAGACGCAGCGGUACUCCGGCGCGCAGCUCGCGAACCUGAUCAACCAGGCGGCGGUCAUCGCGGGGCAGCGCGCGGAGCUCGACGCGGAGGGGAACGUCGUGCGCGAAACGGCGACCAUCACGCAGGACGACCUGCGGCGGGCGCUGGAGUACGAGCGGCUCGGGCCGCGCGUGCACGUGCGCGGCGCGGACCGCCUGCGGCGCAUGGCGAUCCAGGAGGCGGCGACGUGCGUCAUCGCCACGCUGAUGCCCUCCCUGGAGGAGGUGAGCAGCGCGACGAUCGUCCCGCGCGAGAAGCACCCGCUGGGGCACACCGUGCUCAAGAUCUGCGAGCAGCGCGAGGCGACGAAGCUCUUCACGCGGAGGUACCUCGAGGAGCAGCUGCGGAUGGAGCUCGCAGGUCGUGCCGCGGAGGAGGUGUUGCUGGGCGUGGACGAGCUGUCGUCCAUCAACCAACGGAGACUGGUGAAUGCACGGCGCAUCGUGGAGAAGCUCGUCGUGUCGGAGGCCCUGAUCGGCCACAACGGCUCGAACGCCGCGCCGCGCACCAUUGCCCGGAAGCUCGAGGGCGUCGGCGGAGCGAAGAAGACGUUCCAGGUGGUGCCCGACACGGUGUCGGGGAGCACGCAUGCGGGCUGCGACGAGCAGAUGACGGCGCUGCUGAGCGAGGCGUACGACGACGCGCGCGCGAUGCUCGUGCGCAACCGCGCGGCGCUCGAGGCGCUCGUCGACGAGCUGCUCGAGAAGGAGAGCCUGACUGGCGAGCAGGUGCGAGACCUGGUUUCUCGCCUGGGGGACAAACGGGACCUGGAGGUGGCGGAGAAGGAGGGGCGCGAGGAGGAGGUGCUGCUGUGA